AUGGCCUCUCCCACCACGGCCGCUGUGCACGAUACAGUACCUUACCCGAAGCUCCCUUUCGAUAUUCAGUCGUGCAUUAUCAAGUCUCUAAUAGAGACACACAAAGAAUCAAGGAGCCAUUAUUUCCGCCUAUCAAGCUUUGCUAGUGUCUCUAAAAUCUGGCAAAUUGUCAUAGAGAAGGAAACAUUCAAGCAUUUAACAAUAAAGUCACGCGGUCUUGACUCCUUCGAUCUCCGUAUUCGAUCGCAUCGGAUACCACUAGUCAAACACAUCCUUCUCGAGGUCUCAUAUGGAAAUCCCUUCAAUGCAGGACUUUAUAAACAGGCGCAGUUUGCGAAAGCAGUACACGGUCUUUGGCGAAUUCUCUCAACUUGGAAGAAACAUCGUCUUACGGUGGAACUCGCCAUUGCCACUUCUACCGCAAGUACUAUUAAGGAGCAGGGUUGGACAGGUCGAGGAGGCCCCAACUGUGAUCCCUUCGACAGUUCUGUAACUUCUGUUAACCUUCCGCCAGACUGGGUGACUGCUGGUCCUGAUUUUCCGAUGUGGGUCUGGGCUACUGCGUGUUUCUUAGGGACAAGACCUCUUGGCUUCGACCGAACUAGGGGCUCAUGUUUGCCUAAAGUUGAUGCAAUCGCUGAACUGGUCAUUCGCAGAAGAUACCAUCCAAACAUCUGUCCAAGGUCCCUCUCUCAGAUCAUCUCGUCUACUACCUGUGUUGAAUCUAUUCACCUAGAGAGAUGGUGUUAUGGCCGUCCUGUAGCAGAUAGUAGCUGCGAUGUUGCUUUUCAGCAGUCAGGAUUUACAUUGCCGCCUUCAAUGAAGCGAUUGACUUUUUGUGAAGAAUUCCAUACCCCUUAUCACCAGCGAAUUGGGGGAAUGGUACUGCCACGAUCAAACACAACACUUCUAGACUCCAUUCUUCAGGCCGCAGACCACCUUGAGCAUAUCGCCGUCUCGUUUGCUUUUGAUGCACAUUCUUCGAUAGGCUCACAAAAACGGAACUCAAAGCAUUGAAGACUCUUGCACUUACAUCUUGUUUCAAUGACACCACCGAGGAACUCUUGAUUAGUGCUGGAGAAGCACUAAAGACGAUGCACGCUCUCAAGAUUCUGGAGAUCUGGAACUACGAAGCUGGGCAAGCUGAUGUUUUCCGGUACGAGAG